CGACCAUGGCAGAAGUUGGGUCUGCUGAUGUCAUCACACAUCUAAAAUCGAUCUUCGCUCGCCAUGGCAUCCCAGAGGUCAUGAUGUCAGAUAACGGACCUCAGUUCUCUGGACAAGUUUUUGCUUCCUUUGCGGCCUUAUAUGGUUUCAAACACGUUACCAGUAGCCCUAGGUUCCCACAGAGUAAUGGCGAAGCUGAACGUGCUGUCCAGACGGUGAAAAGUCUUCUGAAGAAAGCAGCUGAUCCCUACCUGGCUCUACUCGCUUAUAGAGCCACUCCUCUUCAGAAUGGCUACAGCCCGGCUCAGCUCCUCAUGGGCCGGCGUCUACGCACCACAGUGCCAUCUCUUUCCUCUCAGCUGGACCCUGCACUGCCUGACAGCUGCACGCUGGUUCGGCAGGAAAGGGAGAAGAGGAUGCUUGAUGCUGAAAAUUACAAUAGGCGUCACCGUACAAAGACUCUCAGGGAUCUGACACCAGGAGAACACGUAUGGGUCACUGACGUAAAAUCAUCUGGAACUGUGAUCAAGAACCACUCCACUCCGAGAUCUUACCUCGUGGACUUACCCCAGGGUGUGGUGAGACGCAACCGCCUACACCUGAUACCUGAACAGACACCUACACAGGACAAGUCUGCACCACAGCAACAGGUGCCAGGGCCAGUUCCAGAGCAGGCUCCCAUGUCGCCCGCGGUGGCAUCUCCAGUCUCCCCUACAGAGACUAACACUCUCAGAACUAGGUCUGGGAGAGCUGUAGUUAAGCCGUCUAGGCUUAACCUGUGAAAUACAAUCCUGUGUUAUGAUGGUAUGGUUACAUGAAAGAUAUGUUGCAGGAGAGGGAGUUUAGUUUGAGCACUUUAUAGCAACAAGUUAAAAAUUCGGGAACUUUUGGUUGCAUAGUUGAUGUGUUCGUUUCAGUGUAUAUAUGAUUAUCACUAAACCGUCUAACCUUGUUAAUCCUUGCAGGGUUUGUAUGUUUUCUAAUGGAAGUGAAACAGUUUACACUUCGUUCCCUUAAAAGGGGAGAUGUGGUGUUGGUGUAUGUUGACAAAUGACAGUUGUGGUCUUGAAUGUCACUUGUAGUUGAUGCAUACUGUGAAGGUAUGCUGAAUGGUUAUGGACCAAUGGGAUGAGGCCAAGGGGGUCAUGUGAUGUAGAUGGGGAAACCUUACAGUUGUUCAAUAAAGGAUGUUAACACGUUA